AUCGCCCGUCGGACUGGUAGUUGCCUCAAAUCAUUUUCUGGCAGAAACCCUGCCCCUCAAUGUGGUUUUGUCAAAUAUUAAUCCAGUAGUCAGAAGGUUAUACGACUCGGAGCGUUGUUGUGUUAUUUACAAGAUGUCUCAUUUGUAUCUUCAUCAGAGCUAGCAACAUGUCUCAAGGAUUUGGGCAAGAUGGUGGAUUCUUUCAAGGAAAUUAUUAUGAUCAACAGAGCUCCGGCUAUGAUAUGGGUGGAGGACAGGCUUUUGGACAGGAUCAACAGUUUCAGCAGUUUGACUACAACCAGGGCUAUGGCAUAGAAGGUCAGGGUCAGAUGGAAUCACCACAAGCAGCCUACCCUGGCUCUAUCAUGACUCCUAGUACCAGUCUGUAUGACCAAGCCGGGACUGCCAGCAACUAUGAAGAUGAACCACCAUUAAUGGAAGAGCUUGGGAUUAAUUUUGAUCACAUCGUUCAAAAGACUACAGCUGUGUUGAACCCACUGAAGGUGACUGACCAUGACAUCAUGCAGGACACAGACUUAGCUGGACCUUUAGUCUUCUGCUUGUCUUUUGGUGUAUCGCUUAUGUUGGCUGGUAAACUUCAGUUUGGUUACAUCUAUGGAAUUGGAGUUGUUGGCUGCCUAGCGAUGUAUGCUCUGCUGAAUCUUAUGAGCAUGACUGGUGUAUCUGUAGGCUGCACCAUCAGUGUUCUUGGAUAUUGUCUUCUACCCAUGGUCAUUCUUUCUUUUUCAUCAGUGGUUCUUUCAUUACAAGGGAUCCUGGGAAUUGUGUUCACAGUGAUAACAGUCUUAUGGUGUAGUUUGUCAGCCUCCAAGUUGUUUGUAUCGGCGCUGGCCAUGGAUCAGCAGCAGUUUCUCGUGGCCUAUCCUUGUGCUCUUGUCUAUGGAGUGUUUGCACUCUUAACGGUCUUCUGAACUACACAUCUACUGAAAACAUUGGUUUUUAUAUAAAUAUUAACCAAUGCAGAAUUAAGGAAAAAACAGCGAUUGUCAAAUGCAGUUUUAAAUUUUUAUGAAAUGUAUCGUGUCCAAAGGGAAGUGAGUGGACAGUUUAAUACUGUGUAUCAAAUACAGUAACAAUGUUUUCCGUUUAAUGUUAUUGAAAGACAUCACAGUUUACUGGUUAUGCUUCUAUAUUGCCAUGUACCAGUACUAUUGUAAUAUGUAUGGGGCCUUUUUCUUCUUUUGUACUGGUUUUUAGGUUUUUUAAACAAGACUGUAUAAGUAACAAACUUAAUUUUAGUUUAUUAUGCAAGUCAUUACUAAUACAUGUAUCAUGAAAUGUUUAUUAUUAUUACAUAAAAACCCCCAAAUCAAAUGAUUUCAGGCUUUGAUUCCUAGCAACUUUUCUCUUGACUUUGCUUGUUGCAUGUACAUCUAAUAAUUGUAGUUAACCAAACUAAGUUUGUCGUCCAUAUAACACAUCCAAUUACGGACAAUUUCGAACCAAUUUUUUCUAAUGAAGACCGACACAUAUGUCCGUAAUGUUUAUUUGUCAUACCCGAUUGUUGCAGGUUAUAUUUGUACUUAGAAUCCAAAAUCUGGGAUUCACGGAAGAAUGAAAUACUGCUCAAUUUGCAGUCUGUGAUGGGCAUGAUGUUGUUCAGUGUUCAAAAAAUAUUCUAUUAAAAAACAUAUUGCCAUA